CCGGGUCCUAGUAUAGAUUUUGCCCUUCCACUUCCUACUCUUAUCGAUUAGGUAGAUGAUAGCCGCUAAAUCCAGCUUUCCCGCUAAUUCGUCAAUGCCGAUAUAGGUACGAGAGGAGGAGCUUCGAUGACGGUGGCUCGAUACUUCGAGAAAAGCCCAGAGUCGCCGACGACCAACAAGUUGGCCACCAUCUCGUGAUAUCCACCUCCCUUCGGGCCUCGAUAAUUUCUCUCCUCCUUCCUUCUUCAUACCCACACUUUACUCUCUCUCUCUCUCCAGGCAACCAUCCUAAUAUCCACCUACCUUACCUACAUCCUACCCUGGUGAAGGCUCUCUUAGCUAUUCGUGUUACUUGGGUAUAAUUUUGACCCUCUAUUCCCCUCUUCUUCUGUUACUCUCCGCUGCUCGUUUGUUCUAUUCCACCACUCUCCUUUACGGUUCUCUUCUACUGCCGAUUUGCCCGCCUUCACGCACUCGUCAUGUUGGCGAAAAGACAACUCCUUACCACUUCGCGGCGAGUCGCUGCCGCCUCGUCUAAAAGUCUCUCUCGACUCAACACAACUCCUUCGCAGUUGUCUAGAGCCGCUCUCGUUCACACAGCUAAGGGCCUCUCUUCCGUCACCUUACCCACGCCUCCGCGCCGAACUUAUGCAAAUGGCCGGCCUCAUCCACCAGGGGGCACUCAUCAGAUGAACAUGGGCGGCGAACCUCAAAAGCCUGCCUUAGAGGAAUUCGGAACUGACCUUACCGAGCGAGCCAAGGAGGGGAAGUUGGACCCCGUCAUCGGUAGGGAUGCCGAGAUCCAACGCACCAUUCAAGUACUGUCGCGACGGACGAAGAACAAUCCAGUCCUGAUCGGAAAUGCGGGAACGGGUAAGACAGCUAUUAUCGAAGGAUUGGCGCUGCGCAUAGUGCGGGGCGAUGUUCCGGAGAGCAUCAAGAACAAGAGGGUCAUAUCUCUCGACCUCGGAUCGCUUAUUGCCGGUGCCAAGUUUCGGGGCGACUUUGAAGAACGUUUAAAGAGGGUCUUGAACGAGGUUCAAGGAUCGAAUGGAGAGGUUAUAUUGUUCAUCGAUGAGCUUCAUACCCUCCUUGGUCUCGGAAAGGCCGAAGGCUCCAUCGAUGCCUCUAAUCUGCUCAAGCCGGCCCUGUCUAGGGGUGAAUUGCAAUGCUGUGGCGCUACCACGCUUGCCGAGUACCGUCUGAUCGAGAAAGACGUAGCGCUAGCCAGGCGCUUCCAGUCAAUCCUCGUCAACGAGCCGACUGUCGAAGACACCAUUAGUAUACUUCGCGGUAUCAAGGACAAGUACGAGGUACACCACGGCGUUCGGAUCACAGACGGCGCUCUCGUAGCCGCUGCCACGUAUUCUAAUCGUUAUAUCACCGACCGCUUCCUUCCCGACAAAGCCAUAGACCUGAUGGACGAAGCAGCAAGUUCGUUACGAUUGCAGCAGGAGAGCAAGCCCGACGAUAUCAUGCGGCUCGACCAGAAGAUAAUGACAAUCCAAAUCGAGCUAGAAAGUCUUCGGAAAGAGAAGGACAUAGCGAGCCGUGAACGCCGCGAAAAGCUCGAGGAAGACUUGAAGAAGCUUCAGGAAGAAGAGAAGGGCCUGAACCAAAGAUGGGAAAAGGAGCGCGCAGAGAUCGAUGCGCUGAAAAAGGUCCAAGGGGAAUUAGACAAGGCCCGCAUCGAAUUGGAUCAAGCACAGAGGACCGGGAACUUCGCCCGGGCUUCUGAGCUACGCUUCGGCAUCAUCCCUAAUUUGGAACGGAAACUCCCCAGUGAAGCGGAACCGGGAGCGCAAGGCCCUGACACCUUGAUCCACGACUCGGUAACGGCCGACGACAUAGCGAACGUUGUCUCGAGGGUUACCGGAAUACCCGUCUCCAAAUUGACCUCUGGGCAUAUCGAAAAGCUAAUAAAUAUGGAAGAGAUGCUCCGGCAGUCGGUUCGCGGACAGGAUGAAGCCCUCAAGGCCGUUGCGGAUGCCGUGCGCAUGCAGCGGGCCGGCCUAAGCGGGGACAACCGCCCGCUAGCAUCCUUCUUCUUCCUCGGCCCUACCGGUGUUGGCAAGACCGAGCUGUGCAAGAAGCUCGCCGGCUUCUUGUUCUCUACCGAAUCCGCUGUCGUCCGAUUCGACAUGAGCGAGUUUCAGGAGAAGCACACGAUAUCGCGACUCAUCGGUGCCCCCUCUGGCUAUGUUGGGUACGACGACGCCGGUCAACUCACGGAGGCGGUGCGGAGGAAACCGUACGCGGUUCUUCUGUUUGACGAAUUUGAAAAGGCGCAUCGCGACAUCUCGGCGCUACUCCUCCAAGUCCUCGACGAGGGUUACCUAACGGACGCGCAAGGGCACAAGGUGGACUUCCGAAACACGAUCAUUGUGCUCACGUCUAACCUCGGCGCUAACAUCCUCGUGGGCGCCGACCGGUUGCACCCGUACACCGAGACACCCACCGGGGAGGUCAGCCAGGAGGUGCGGACGGCCGUGCUUGAUGUCGUGGCCAACAGCUACCCGCCCGAGUUCCUCAACCGUAUCGACUCCUUCAUCAUCUUCAAGCGGCUGACGCACGAGGCGCUGCGCGACAUCGUCGAUAUACGCCUGAGGGAGCUUCAGGAGCGCCUCGACGACCGCCGCAUCACGCUCGAGGUUAGCGACGAGGUGCGUCACUGGCUCGCCGAGCGCGGGUACGACCCCAAGUUCGGCGCGCGGCCCCUCAACAGGCUCAUCACCACCGAGAUCAGCAACGGCCUCGCCGACAAGAUCAUUCGCGGCGAGCUCAAGACCGGCGAGCGGGCUAGCGUCCGCAUCAAGGGAGAUAAUUUGGGCCUGGAAGUCUAUCCUAUCGCGGCCACGACAGAAAAUCAGCAGCAGCAGCAGCAAGAUGCCGCGUCGGCGUCGUCGUAGCAGCAACCAUGACCCACCACCUUCGUUUCCCGUUCCCCUCGAUGCUAGUUCUAUCGCGGCGUCCCGCAUGUCUGAGACGGGGGCGAGAAAAAGAAAGCCCGAAAAGCAUUCGGUCGGCGUUAUGGUUGUGAGGGUAGGUAAAGGUAAAACUUUGCGUGUAAAUAAAUAAAAAAACACUUGUAUUUGUAAUGUACAUCUCGGUCUGUAUUCGGCCUCUCGCCUCAAUGCAAAUGCACAUAUACUAUUUGCACAUGUAUAUACAUAAAUAUACCUAUGCUUGCUGCACAUUACGCAUCUUAUUGCCAUCCGCGUUGACGAUCCGCCGGAAGACUCGAGUGUUCGUUUCCCUGCCCCUCAUGCUACCGAG